AUGCGUCGUUGCAAACUGUGGCUACAAGGCAAGGGUCUAACAACGCUGAUCUCUGCUGUCUCUUCAUGUCGUGUUGCUCUGGCAUCUGAGGACGUGUAUAAAAUCUGUGCGUUGCUGAAGGCCAAAGAAGAUACGCUGCAUUUGCAAACGAACCAGAGCUUUAUCCAUGGACUGCAUGUUCAGUACAAAAAACUGGACCCAGAGGAGGUGACACCUUUUCAGAAGUCAUUCAUUGAUGGUACCUUCGCCGCUUUCCCACUUAGCCCUGACUUGCUGGUUGCCUCCUCCCAGACCGGAAAGAACGAGGGUAGUGAUAUAACCAACAUUCAAGCAGGGGAGACAAGCAUAUCACCAGUUGUCGCCUCCGGAACCGUGGUGGAAAAAUGUCCACACGCGGGUUUGGGGUCCGGUGGGGAGACAGAGGUGGAAGAGAGGUUAGCUGCCGUGUGGGAUAUUGUACAAGAGUGUCAAAAGUCUAACUUCGUUGGAACGGACGGAAUACAGAAGAUACAAGUACACUGCAAAGCACUGGAGAGGCACUUACGACGAAUGAGGCCCUUCGAAAUAGUAUCCCUCGUUAGGGCCCUCGCCACGAUCAACUACCAAGAUUAUGCGCUCACAAAUCUGCUCGCUCGUCGGAGCUGUGAGGUCGCGUCAAAGCUGUCCUCUUCUGAAGUUUGCAGAACCUACUUCAACCUCAGCAAACUACAAAGCCACGACUCGAUGGUGGCCUUCGUAAACCAGAUUGAGAUUCAGAUGGACAAUUUACAUCGUGACCAGGUUCAGUUUGUUGCCAUGGCGCUCGAACGCCAACCGCAGAUCGCGUCAGCGCCAGCACGCAUGGUGCCAAAGCUUUUGGCUAGAGCGGUUACGCUUCUCCACGAAGUAAAUGAUGCAGCGUACCACAGGUCCCUGUUGGUUGUGGCAGCACGAUACAACCUACGACGCCAUCCUGCAGUUCCGAAAAUAAUUGCCAACGUGACUAAACAUCUCGGCAGCGUCUCUGACCGCGAUUUACUGACCAUGCUGCAGUCCGCAGUGGAUCUCGAAAUUUCAGCGGGUACCACAGGGAUGUCCGAGCUGCUAGAGAGAACAGAAACUGCGGUGGAUACGGUGGAAGUGAGGUCUCUCGACACACUCGUGGACAUACUCUCUGUCCUGCCCGUAGACACGGGAAAGAUAAUGGAAAGGUUGUUAAACCGUCUCACAGUAGACGCUGGUAAACUGUCCAUACCUCAGUUAGCCCUGACGCUCGAUCUCUUAUCCGGCUAUCCGGCUGCAAGGGGCCACCCGUGCAUUGCAGCUUUAGCGUUUGCGGCCUCAAUGAGGGCCGACUCCUUCGACGGCGAAGCGCUAGAACAAUUGCUGCUGAAUCUGGGCCAAUUGGGUCAAUUCUCCGAUGACUUUUAUGCGUUGGUGCAAGUUUUGCAGAACGUCAAGGGUGGCUUCCGUAGCGCUGAGAAGUUAUUCGAGUUGAUGAGGUGCUGUACCCGGGACGUUGUAUCAGAUGUCCGGGGCCAAGACAUGAUCACGAGGGGGAUUCUGGGAUUGGCGCCGGGCAUGAACGACGAAAAUUUAUCAGAGGCUCGCAAACUCCUUGUGCAGCUCGGUGUUGAUGAUAAAAACGUUCAUCAGAUUAUUUUCCGUCGUGCGAAGCAGAUCCAAAGAGAGUCAGGUAGUCGGUGGGGUCGCCGCGGUUACGAUGUCUCGGGCGACACCAUGUAG